ACAGUUUACCGGUUGCCUUCUGACCGAUCAAUCGAUCGUUUUGAAGUGGUCUGACUAUUCAAGUGGAAUUAAAAAUAAAAGAAAAAAUUAAAAAAAAAAACAAACAAACAAAAGAACCUUGUGCCAAAGAAACAAAAGGAUAUUUUGUGGAUUAAUAAAUUAAAUUUACAAAAAAUAAAAAAUUAAAUAAAACAAAUCAUGUUUAAGUUUGUGUGUUUAUUUGCCCUAGUGGCAACAUCUGCUGCUGCUGUCAGUCAUCAAGCCACCGAGGCUGAUAGUCUCUUGACAAGUGCCUUAAGAAUGGUCAAAGAUUGUGGAGAUCGUUCUGUGGUUUUAUGUUUAAAGGAACGUGCUCUACAUUAUUUCGAUAGCGAAAACGGUGAUGUUAAAUUAACUGACGGUAUUUCCCUGGUGAAAACUGAUGAUAUACCCGUUGGACGUUCUCUCAAUGACAUUGUUUUGCCCGAAGAAAAUGAAGCACGUGAAACUGAGGUCGAUUCAUUGUUGGUUGAACGUAUUGCACGUUUCUUUGGCACCCAUACUUUACAAUUUAAAGUACCCAAGGAUUCCGUUCAGGAUAUGCAACGUGCCUUAGAAGAAUCUCGUGGCAAGAAGAAGGAAAAGAAGAAGUACUUGAUGCCUUUGUUGUUGCUCUUCAAAUUGAAAAUGGCUGCUUUAUUACCCUUGGCCAUUGGUUUCUUGGCUUUGUUGUCCUUCAAGGCUUUAGUUAUUGGUAAGAUUGCCUUGCUUUUGGCCACCAUCAUUGGCUUGAAGAAAUUGUUGGAGAAGAAGGAAAACUAUGAAGUUGUCUCUCAUCCUCAUGCUGCCCACUACGAUGAACACAGUUAUGGACGUGCGUUACGUGAUGCUCAAAAUUUAGCCUACAGCGCCUACAAGCAAUAAAGUGGGUUAUCUUUUAACACCAAAACCCAAUUUAAAGCUAUUAAAAUUCCCCAAAUACCUUCGUAACAAAGAGUAUUUUAUUACAAAUACUCUUUGUUUUGUUUGCUAAUCAAAGUUGAUUUAAUGUUAAAAUAAUAAUAAUAAUUUAUUUAUUUAUAUAUUUUUUUCGUUAAAAUCUAAAAGCCUCUGGGAGUGCAAUACAUCCUGAUUUAAUUUAUUUAUUAAUUUUUUUUAUAAUGUAUUUAUUUAUUUAAUUUAUUUAGAAGAAUGAAAAGAAAAGUGUGAAAAAACAAAAAAAAAAAAAACAUGUAAUUUAUUUAUUUAUUGCAAGACAAAAAUAGAAUCAAUCUCAAAAUGAGCAAAUGAUUUAUAAAAAAAAACAAGCCAUGAAUUUUCAAUAGUUUUAAAAUGCAUAUUUUUUACCAUUACGAAAGUGCAAAAAAACCUAAGCAGAAACUUAAAAAAAUUUUAACUUUUAGUUUUUUUUCAACCAUUCAAUAGUAUUUUAAGUUUCUACUAAAACUAUUUUUUAAAUAAUUUAAUUUGCAAUACAAUCUUAAAAAACAGCUGACCGACUGAUUUGAACUUCUUCUCCGUACAAUUGCUUACUGCAUUAGCUUCCAAAGAUGUUUUCUAAGAAUACUUUACUACUAUUUUCUUUUUACAUUUUGUAUCUAUCAGAAAAAUAUAAAGUACAAAAUAUAUUUCCAUUUUAAAGUACUUUCCUCAUUUAAAAUUUAUUUAUGCUUUAACUAUUACAACUAUACUGAAUACUCUACCUCUUCAAUACUUGAUUGAAUUUCAUUUUUCAACAAACUGAAUUUCUUCUCUUCUUUGUAUCCUACUACUUAUUUAUGUGUUCUUUUUACUACAAUAUUUCAUUGCAAAUGCAUUUUAUUUGCUUUUGUUUAUCCUUAAAAUAACUACUGCUAAUAAUUUUAAAAAAUACAAGAAUUUGUUAAAAAAAACCUUAAUGUAUUUCUUUCUGUUUGCUACUAUAAAUAGACAAAUAUAAUAUUUUCUUUUUUAGAAGAUACAAAUAAUAAAAAAAAAAAUAGAGUAUAAAUAAAACCAUAGUAAGAAUUUUGCAUUUAAUCUGAAUAAUUAAUAUUUUAAGUUGUUUAAUAUUUUUCCUUUUUUUUGUAUGGCAAUAAUAAAGAAAAACGUUAAAAAAAUCGUUUAAAUUUAAAUG